GUGACUGCACAGGAAAAGGACAGGCAGGCAGGAAGAAAAAAAGAGAACCUGUCAGCUAUAAAAGCACUGAUAUCUGAGUCUUUAGCAGAUCUACAACUGAAAGAAAAAUGAAGCUCUUUGUGUUUGCUGUUAUUCUCGUGCUCAUGGUAGCAAAUGGGUUGGCUUUGGACUGCUACCAGUGUGUACCCAAGAAAGCAGGUGGUGCGUGUGAAGUCACUACAGUGACCUGCCCCGCUAAUAAAGAUGGCUGUGCUGCAGCCAAAUUCCUCCAACCACCAUAUGGACACUACCAGAAGUGCAUGGCCAUGUCCGAUUGUCAGACUCUGAAGCUGAAUGCCUACAUCAACAUCAAGUGCUGCCAGGAAGAUCUCUGUAACACCUUCUGAACCAGCUAACGUGUGACCUUACUCAAUGUCCAUGUGUACUUACGUCAAUAAAGAUUAAAACGUU